AUGGCUGCUUUUGUAUAUAAAAGUAGACUGCAGGGAAGCAGCUCCAUGCCUGUCAUCAGCAGUGACAAAUCUGUUUGGAGGUUACUAAGCAGAAUGACUGCAGAAGAGCGGCAUCUCACCUCCUGUGGGUCAUUCAUCAAAACAGAACCAUCUAGCCCUUCUUCUGUUGUUGACACAGUCAGCCACCACAGUCCCAGUGGGUCAUCAGAUGCCAGUGGCAGCUAUGGUAUCACUCUGACUGGACACGCUAAUGGCAUGGACUCUCCUCCUAUGUUUAAUGGCAGCAUUUUAGGGGCCAGCUCAUGUCGCAAGCGAUAUGAAGACUGCUCAAAUACACUCAUGGAUGAUUCUCCAGCCAAGUGCGAAUACAUGCUGAACUCCAUUCCCAAACGGCUAUGUCUGGUCUGCGGAGAUAUUGCAUCUGGAUACCAUUAUGGUGUAGCUUCCUGUGAGGCAUGCAAGGCCUUUUUUAAACGGACAAUCCAAGGUAUUAGCAAACAGUGGGUGUUCCUUCAUGGGCCAAACAUUAGAGUUUGUGGUUUGGCAGUCAAUGUCUGA